GAUUUGUUUGCACAGUUUUCGAAGGUCUUUUAAAAUUUUUAUAUUUAUUUAUAUCGUGUUUUAAGUUAAUCCUGCCAGGAUGUCAAAAUACUCCGGAACGAACCUUGCGACCCUGGCGCCGGCCGAAGUAAAGCAGUGGAUCGAUUCGUACGACACGGUGCUAACCGACUGUGACGGGGUGAUUUGGGUAGAAAACAAUCCGCUGCCCGGUGCGACCGACGUCAUCAACCGGUUCAUUACCGGUGGCAAAAAGCUGUUCUUCGUGACGAACAACUCCACCAAAACGCGACCAGAGUUUGUGGAGAAAGCGGUCCGAUUGGGUUUCAACGUGACCAUAGAUAACAUCAUCUCCACGGCGUACCUGGCCGCUCAGUAUCUCAAGAAUCUAAACUUCACGAAAACCGUCUACGUAAUCGGCUCGACGGGAAUCACGAAAGAACUCGAUGCCGUUGACAUCCGGCAUAUCGGUGUGGGACCGGAUACGCUCACUGGUACGCUGGCGGACACAGUGUCCCAGUUCGUGCCCGAUCCCGACGUUGGUGCCGUGAUCGUGGGAUUCGAUGAGCAUUUCAGUUUCGUAAAAAUGAUGAAAGCGGCCUCCUAUUUGAACGAUCCGGACGUACUGUACAUCGGUACCAACACCGACGAACGGUUCCCGACCCCGAACCGUGUCAUUCCCGGCACGGGUAGCAUCGUGCAGGCCGUGACCACAUGUGCCGAGCGGCGACCGAUUGUGAUGGGUAAACCGAAUGCUCAUAUUUGCGACAUCAUUCGCAAGGAGUACCACGUAGACCCGGCCCGGACGCUCAUGAUCGGGGAUCGGUGCAACACCGACAUACUGCUGGGAAAAAACUGCCACUUUCAGACGCUGCUGGUCGAAACGGGAAUCCAUAAUGCGGCGGAUAUUGUCAAGUUUGCCAGCUCCGACGAUCCCGCCACGAAGGCGCUCGUGCCGGAUGUGUACCUUGCGAAGCUGGGUGAUUUAAUGGCUUAUUUUUAGAAAACAAAAAUCCGUUGCGGCAAAGGCAGCCUUACGUUCGCAAAGCGACACAACAAUUGUAUGACAAUUGUAGGCACCAAGACAGGCCACCGACAUGAC